GCUGAGUUUAAAUAACUCAGCUCCGAGCUCAGCCCACAGCGUCUCGAGCGAAAGGUUGAACAAGGAACGAGACGCAGCAGCAGUGCACCGACCAGCCGGAACGCUUCCGAAGGCUGUCCCAGAAAGGUAUUCCCGAGUGAGAAACUGACAUCAGCGAACACAGCUGACAAGACCGACCUCAAGCGAGGCUCAACGACGAUGGCGCUUUCCCCGGACACCGUGAAGGCCGUCACGAAAGUGUCGGGGCUCAACGUGUGGAGGGUCGAGAACAUGGCCCUCGUGCCGGUGCCACCAAAAGCCUUCGGAAACUUCUUCGAGGGCGACUGCUACGUCCUGCUGAACGUGCUGAAGUCUCCGAGCGGCGCGACGCUGGACGUGCACUACUGGCUGGGCGGGGAGUCGACGCAGGACGAGCAGGGCGCCGCCGCCAUCCUGUGCACCCAGUUGGACGAGCAGCUCGGGGGGGCGGCCGUGCAGCGGCGCGAGGUGCAGGGCAGCGAGUCCGACACCUUCAAGGGCUACUUCAAGUCCGGCGUCAUAUACAAGAAAGGAGGCAUUGCAUCCGGCUUCAAGCACGUGGAGAGCAACACCUACAACGUGAAACGGCUUCUGCACGUCAAGGGCAAGAAGAACGUGACGGCCAGCGAGGUGGAGCUGUCGUGGGACAGCUUCAACACGAGCGACGUUUUCCUGCUCGACAUCGGCAAAGUCAUCGUCCAGUGGAACGGCGCCGGGAGCAACCGCAUGGAGCGCCUCAAGGGCAUGAAGCUGGCGAUGGACGUGCGUGACCGCGAGCGCGGUGGCCGCAGCCAGAUCGGCGUGGUGGAGGGCGACCGCGAGGAGGAGAGCCCCGACCUCGUCGCCGCCAUGGCCGGGAUCCUGGGCCCCCGCAAGGGGCCCCUCCCCGAGGGGGCUCCCGACGACCGCGCCGACCAGCACCAGAAGUCCAACGUGAAGCUCUACCACGUGUCCGACUCGGAGGGCAGCCUCGUGGUUCAGGAGGUCGCGACGAGACCCCUCACCCAGGACCUCCUGAUGCACGAUGACUGUUACAUCUUGGACCAGGGCGGUUCCAAAAUCUUCGUGUGGAAGGGGAAAGGAGCGACCAAAACGGAGAAGAAGGAGGCCAUGAGCCGUGCACUGGGCUUCAUCAAGGCCAAGGGAUAUCCGUCCUCGACCGGCGUCGAACUGGUGAACGACGGUGCCGAGUCGGCCGUCUUCAAGCAGCUCUUCCAGAAGUGGAGCGUGCCGGGGCAGACCGUGGGCCUGGGCAAGGCCUACAACGCCGGCAAAAUCGCCAAGGUGGAGGACGGCAAGUUCGACGCGACGCUGCUGCACGCGCGGCCGGACAUCGCGGCCCAGGAGCGCAUGGUGGACGACGCGUCCGGCGACGUGGAGGUUUACCGCAUCGAGAACCUGGAGCUGCAGCCGGUGGAGAAGAAGUUCCACGGGCAGUUCUACGGCGGGGACUGCUACCUGGUGCUCUACACCUACCUGAAGGCCAACAAGCCCUCCCACCUCAUCUACAUGUGGCAGGGCCGGCACGCAUCCCGCGACGAGGUGACGGCUUCGGCCUACCAGGCGGUGGAGCUGGACCGCCGCUACGGCGGUGAGCCCACGCAGGUGCGCGUCACCAUGGGCAAGGAGCCGCGUCACUUCCUCGCCAUCUUCCGCGGGCCCGUGGUCAUCUUCGAGGGCGGCACGUCCCGCAAGGGCGGCCAGGAGCUCGAGCGAGCCACCAGGCUCUUCCAGGUGCGAGGGACAGGCAGCCACAACACCAAGGCCAUCGAGGUGCCGGCCUGCGCCGGGUCGCUCAACUCCAACGACGUCUUCGUGCUCCAGCAGCCCAACCACUGUGACGUGUGGUGCGGCAAGGGCUGCAGUGGCGACGAGCGUGAGCUGGGCAAGUCGGUGGCCGGGCUGCUGACCCGCGGCGACAAGGUCACCGUGCUGGAGGGCCAGGAGCCCGUCGACUUCUGGCUGGCCAUCGGCGGCAAGGCGGCCUACGCCAGCGACAAGCGCUUGCAGGAGGAGGCGACGGACUUCAUGCCGCGCCUCUUCGAGUGCUCCACGCAGAGCGGCCGCUUCUUCGUCACCGAGGUGGCCGGCUUCACGCAGGACGACCUGGACGAGGAUGACGUCAUGCUGCUGGACGCCGGCGAAGAGCUCUUCCUGUGGCUGGGCAGCGGAGCGAGCGAGAAGGAGCGCGUGGAGUCGGCCGCCACGGCGAGGGAGUUCCUCAAGUCUCACCCGUCGCAACGGGACCCCGACACCCCCGUGGUGACCGUCAAGCAGGGCUUCGAGCCGCCCACCUUCACCGGGUGGUUCAUGGCCUGGGACCACCUCAAGUGGAAGAGCGCCAAGUCUUACGAAGAUCUCAAGCUGGAGCUCGGGGAUGUGACGGGGAUCUCCCAGAUCACUGUGGACAUGAACAACAAGGCGAGCGUCGGGGGUCAAAGCAAGCCGGGCGGCGGAAGCGGCAAGGCGGCAGCAGCCACCGCCGGCGGUGGCGGCAAAGUCGCCGGCGCCAAGGCGUCCUCGGGGAGCAAGUUGCCGGGAGUCGGAGCGCCGGGGCUCCAGCCGCAAGGCUACAAGAGCGCCGCGGACGAGAAGGCCUCCGCCAAGAUCGCCGACGUCGGCGGCGGCGGAGGGGGCGGCGCUACCCAGAAUUCCGUGGGAGGCGCGAGGCAGACGACGAGCGCCGGUGCGGGGACCGGAGCCGGAGCCGGCGGGGCGGUGGCAGCUCAACCAGGCCACGGCGGGGGUCACCAGCCCGGCGGGAAUGAGGUGGACGGCGCCCACUCAGGGCCCUACCCCCCGGAGUGCCUCGUGAACGUCGCGACGGAGGAUCUGCCUCCUGGCGUGGACCCCAGCAAGAAAGAGGUCUACCUCGGCAGCGAGGACUUCGAGAGGAUCUUUGAAAUGUCUCCAUCGGAGUUCGCCGGCCUGCCCCAGUGGAGGCAGAAAGAGCUGAAGAAAGCCAAGGGCCUCUUCUGAUGAGAGCGCAGCGGCACGGCAGAAGCACCUGGGACGUCAUCUCAUCUCAUCCCCCCUCACCCCCCUACCCUCCCCCCCCCGGCUGCAAUCUUAGCCAAUGGGAGGCCACCUUUCUCCCCCCAGUGGUAGUUGUUCCUGGCAGUAGGAUGGGAGGGUCGAUGUUACUCUCCCGUUCGUGUGUGUGGGAAGCGGUUAGCGCUACGCUGCGCUACGAACCCGGCGACCCGGGUUCGAUUGCCGCUCACGGCCAACACCGGUGACAAUUAUCCGGUCCUGGGCCUCCCCUGGGUCGACUCAGCCUGAAAUGAGUACCCGGUGCGAUGCGUAAACAUCGCCACUGGGGAGACAAAGGCGGCCGGGCGUGGUGCUGGCCAACCACACCCUUGUGUGCCGUUUCGGCCUUCGUAGGUGCUACUCGCUAACAGCCCUUGCCCCAACAGUCUGUGUACAGGCUACACGGGGGAUCUUUGUCUUUGUGCUUUGUACGUGCUGUUUUUUUUUUGUUUUUCAUCCGAAUUAAAUUUUUACCAAAUUUGGAACAUUAUGGACCAUGGUCUUCCGCGUGGUUGGCUCGCAGCCGUUUUCGAGCGCUGACAACGAGAGUUUACGCGGGGUGAAAAACAACGGGAUAAUUGAAAAUAAUAACGAUGUUUUUGCUCACUUUAGUUUUCCUGACGCCUGCUGUAUAUUUGGAGUUUGCGUGUGUCUCUCUCAUCAUCAUCACGGUGGCUAGGAGACGUUAACUACCUCGCCUGGUAUACAGGAGGUCGUGGGUUCAAUCCCGACCCUGACGCCUGCUGCUGUGUAUUUGGAGAGGAAUAUUGGCAUUCCGGCCGUCCUUCCGCAGAAAAUAACGAUCUUUACAAUAAGCGGCCUUCACGGAUUAUCAUGACGCGUCGCACCUCGGCAGCGUUGCCCCCGACUUCCCUUACAACGGCGACGCUUCGCAAGACAGGCAACGCCUGAGUUCGAGUUAAUUUUGAUCCGUUGCGCCAGCGUUUCCUCCGCUAAUUCCCAGAGGUGAUGGCCCGCUUUCGCCGAUAAGACAAAGUCAGCGCGCGAGGCCACGCCACGCCAUCUGACACCAUUUGGUUCGUCGGCUUUCAACGCGCAGGCUUUCGCCACCAAUAUUUUCCCGUGGUGACCGUUGUGGGGCUUAACUCUCCAACGCUCAACCCGUGUGCGCCGAAGUAGGAACUCAUUGGCGCGUUUUGUGCUACGUGCCAAACCUUGCUGUUUGGCUGCGGCGGGUUUAAGGACGCGUUUUUAUUUACGAGAUCUAACCCAAAAACUCUCAUGAAAACCAUUGUUGUGGUUUGACAGUAGCACGACGAUGAUGAUGAUGGGGUGUUGUCACUGUUUGUGUGU